AUGUCUGCAGCGUUGGAAAUCACUGGAGUUCUAAUGAGUUUGGCUGGAAGUGCAAUUACUGGAGUAGCUUUGACACACAAUGAAUGGAAGGUAUCCACUGUGCUUGGUAGUGUUAUCACAUCCUCCAACUUGUAUGAGAACCUAUGGAAGAGCUGUGCAUCAGACAGUACUGGAGUUACCAAUUGCAGGGACUUCGAUUCCAUGCUAGCUUUACCGGCUUAUAUACAAGUAUGUCGAGCGCUAAUGAUCUUUUCACUCGUCUUGGGAUUCUUCGCUUGUAUAUUGUCCUUGCUUGGACUGAAAUGCACCAAAUUUGGAAGCAACGAUGAAAACAGCAAAGCUAAAAUAGCGCUAUCAGGAGGAAUUUUGUUCAUUAUAGCAGGUCUCUGCUGUCUCAUACCCGUCUCGUGGUACGCUGCCAUGAUCACCGCACAAUUUUUUGAUCCACUCUAUGGUGGAACUAAGUAUGAACUUGGUCCUGCGUUGUAUAUCGGAUGGGCAGGAUCUCUUCUGGCAGUUCUUGGUGGCUCCUUGUUGUGCUGUUCAUGCAAGAAAGUUAAAAAAACAUCCAUAAAAGGAGCGUACAAGUACAACAAUUCAGGACCUGAAAGUGAAUUUACACAGUUCAGAGAGAGAAAGGAAAUGCCUCUGUCCGCCAAAGCUUAUGUCUAACAACUGUCUGGUCGCUACCGUUAGUGGAUGAUAAACUGUGAACAGUCUAGAGAUAUACCUGUUAUUAAAAGAAAAUGACAAAAAAUGAAGUAAAGGUCUUUAUUGUGUAAAGACUGCACUGCCAUGCUUCUCCUAUACAAAAUGCAGUGCUUCAUGUAUGCUUAAUCCCCUGUUUUAUAUAUUUCAUGUGUUUUUGUAAUGCAUAUCUUUAUUUUGUUACGGAGCCUGUAACACAAAGAAAUGUAAAUGACAAUAAAAGCAAUUUA